AUGACAAAAUGGAAGACCCGUGUGGCGAUUAGGAACGUCAGACGCUUGCAGGAAGAAUUUGACAAGACCGAAAGGCUAGAUUUCAGACUGCGGCGAGAUCUCGCCGAUGCGAGAGCUUAUCUUGAGACGGUCAAAGCCAAAGAUAAAGCUAAGAGAAAGACAAACAGAGCAGAGAGGAUCAGGGCUCAGCUCGUCGAAGCUGAGGAGGAAGCCAACCGAGCCUUCGAAGUCGCAACCGAGACAAGCAGAGCCGCGGAAAAGACCAAAAAGGCUGCCAAUGCGUCGAGACAAGCCGCCCAAGACUCGACAUCGAAGGAGCCGGCGGACAUCACCCACAAGCAGGCAUCACCCAACGGCAGCGAACAGAAACAUUGUUUGAGUCCACCACCGAGCAAGUCUACACCCCCAUCCCCUGCAGUCAGCAAUGCUGCUUCACAAGAUGACGACGUCUACUAUGACGCGGAGUGUAACAGCGACGGGGACGCCGAGAUUUUGGGCUCAAUGUUCCCACUUUAG